AUGCAGGCUCAGUACAGCAGGAACCACAUCUGCCUUGCAUGCAGAUCACCAUCACCCAGGCCGUGCUGGUAUAAGGAAGGUACUAAGCGUAUGGUAGAAGGAGCUAUUAAUCCAGGAGAAACCUGUUUAGUUAUUGAAGAUGUUGUCACCAGUGGAUCCAGUGUUUUGGAAACUGUUGAGGUUCUUCAGAAAGAGGGCUUGAAGGUCACUGAUGCCAUAGUGCUGCUCGACAGGGAGCAGGGGGGCAAGGACAAGUUGCAAGCACACGGCAUCCGGCUCCACUCAGUGUGUACAUUGUCCAAGAUGCUGGAGAUUCUCGAACAGCAGAAGAAAAUCGAUGCUGAGAUGGUCGAGAAAGUCAAGAGAUUUAUUCAGGAGAAUGUGUUUGUGGCAGCCAAUCAUAAUGGUUCUCUCCCUCCUGUGAAGAAGGCACCCAAAGAACUCAGCUUUGAUGUUCGUGCGGAGCUGCCCAGGAUCCACCCAGUUGCAUCAAAGCUUCUCAGGCUUAUGCAGAAGAAGGAAACCAAUCUGUGCCUGUCUGCUGAUGUUUCAGAUGCCAGAGAGUUGCUGCAGCUGGCAGAUGCGUUAGGACCCAGCAUCUGCAUGCUGAAGACCCAUGUGGAUAUUUUGAGUGAUUUCACUCUGGAUGUGAUGAAGGAGUUGGCAACUCUGGCAAAACGCCAUGAGUUCUUAAUCUUUGAAGACCGAAAAUUUGCAGAUAUAGGAAAUACAGUAAGAAAGCAGUAUGAAGGUAAGUAUUAUUCAGGAAUUUGCAAGAACCAGUAA